AUGUAAUCAUCAAAUCCAUAGAUUAUAUACGCAGUUGUUGUAAGAGGUUCAAAUGUUGUCUUGUCAGAGUACUCAAUAGCCAAGGGUAACUAUAUUGCAUUUGCUAAAACAAUUAUUUCAAAAGUUAACUAAUCAAAUGCUAAGAAAUCAUUCAAUUAUGAAUAAUAUGAGUUCCAUAUUUUAGUGGAGGACGGAUUUUCUUUUUUGAUAAUGGCAGAAAGAGGUUUAAAGAUGAGAAUUGCAUUUGCUUGUUUAGAGGAUAUGAAAUAAAAAUUUUUUUAGAUGUUUCAACCACAACAAAGAGAUUAAGCUAUAUCGUAUGGAUUAAAUUCAUAAUUUUCUAUAGAAUAAAAAAAUAAAAUUGAAUAUUAUAAUUCUCCCUAGGCAGAUAAAUUAAGAAUGGUUUCUGAUAACAUUUAGUAAACCAAGGAGGUAAUGAUGGAAAACUUAGACAAAUUAUUGGAAAGAGGAGAGAAAAUUGAUAUUCUUGUGGAAAAAACAAAUGUCAUGGUUAACAUUUCAACAAGCAUGAAGGAAAAUGCAACAACUUUGAGAAGAUAAAUGUGGUGGAGAAACAAAAAAAUGACAAUCAUUCUUGUAUUAGUGGGAUUAUUGGCUAUUUACAUUAUUAUGGUUAUCGCAUGUGGAGGAUUCGCUAUGCAUAGAUGCUUUGGUAGCAGCGAUUGA